CGUUGUUAAAAAUUAGUUCGACAUUUUCAUUUCUAUUUUUGUGUUUGUUUAUGAAAAGUUAUGCUCUUAUCGAAGAUCCAUAUUACGAAAAUAGACCUUACGAAUUCUCUUUCAAUAUUGUCGAUUUUCAACAUAGAUAUGAAAAAAAAGACGUUGACGGGAUUAUCACCGGUGAAUACGGAUUUAUAACGGCUGAUGGGGUUUAUCAUGAGACUGGAUAUGCCACUGAUAAGAAUGGAGAUUUUAUUAUUACUAAAAUGAGAAAUCGAAAAAUCACAAGUCUGAAAGACGCACGAGAAAUUUUCAAGGAUAAACCUGAAACUGCAAGAAAACUCUUCGAAGCAGUAGCAAAAUCUUGCAGUGGGUGUAAAAUUCCGACAAAUGAGACUCCGAAAGGAAAGGAGAAUGAAGUUCUUACGACUAAGUCUGAACCUUUGAUUGGGAACAAAAUUGAACCGAUAUUAAAAAAUAUGAUGGAGGUAUUGAUUGAAAAUACAGAAAAAAUAGAACACAGUUCAGCGAAUACUUCCAUAAAUGAAGAUACCUCAACGACAUCAACGAAGAAAAACGAAUCUCAAAACAAAUUCGAGACUUUUCCAAAUAUUAAUCGUAUUCCGAUUGAUAAGAAAGAAAAUGAACGGAAGGAACGAGUUAUCAAAGAAAUGAUACAAGCUAAUUCUAUUAAAAAAACUCUUUCUAACGAUACUAAAAACAAUGAAAUUAUUCUCAAUGACAGUUCUCUCGAGAAAAUAGCUAACGAUCUUUACUAUCAUUUCAAUUAUUCGAUAACAUCGCAUGGUCAUCAGGAGACUGGUUAUCAUAACGGUGAUAAAAAUGGCGAUUAUCGAUCUUUGAGUAAAAAUGGUGUCGAUACAAGAGUGAAAUACGUGUCAAACAAAUUCGGUCAUCAACCGAAUAUCACUUUUCAUCCACGAUCGAACGAGACAGAAAAAAGAAAUCAUUCACUCCAAGAAUAUUCCUUUCUUUGGAAUUUUGCUUAAAAUAUUAUUCUCAUUUUUUUUUUCUUGCUAAAAAAUAUAGAUUAAU